AUGGCUUCCAUAAUCUACACGGCCCCUUCUCAGCACCUUGCUCUGCUUGACAUAAGCGAUGCUACCCUGAAAGGACCCUCAAAAUACGACUGCCUUGAGACAGUGCUUCCCCUGACCCCACCACCCGAAGAAGAAGAUGUGCAUAAGAUCGUCACCCCAGACAUCGUCACGCCGAUCACCCAAGAUUCAAACCCCCUGAUUGCCGUGAUCGGCGUGGGUUACGUUGGCACACAUCUUGUCAGCAACUUUUCUCGUCACUGGGACGUGCUUGGCUUCGACGUUUCGGAGAAGCGCAUUGAGCAGAUUCAACAAGAAGACGAGUUCCGUACCAAUGAGAGAGUAAAGUUCAGCGCUCAGCGACCUGAUCUUUCCGAGGCCACACAUUUCCUCAUCUCUGUACCUACGCUGCUUCUUCCCAACAAGACCGUCGAUGCCUCCUAUCUCAAGGAUGCCAUUCAGACUGUCUUCAAGCACGCUCGUCCCGGAGCCACAAUUGUCAUUGAGAGCUCCGUCGCCAUUGGAAUGACACGAGAGCUGCUUGGUCCCCUGGCCAAGGCCCGCGGGUGCUUUGCAGGCAUGUCGCCCGAACGUGUUGAUCCAGGCCGCACGGAGCCCCCAGCAUACCUCAUCCCCAAGGUCAUCUCGGGCCUGGACGAUAUCUGCCCCGGAUCGCUUGCGGCUAUCACCCGCAUCUACGCGCCAGUCUUCAACACCCUGGUCCCAGUCUCUCGUCCGGAGGUCGCCGAGCUGACCAAGCUCUACGAGAACUGCCAGCGCAUGAUCAACAUUGCUUACGUCAACGAGAUGGCAGACGCAUGCGUCGGUCUCGACAUUGACCCUUACGAGGUCUGCAACGCUGCGGGCACCAAGCCCUUUGGCUACAUGGACUACAGGCCAGGCCUGGGCGUUGGCGGCCAUUGCAUCCCUGUCAACCCCUGGUACCUCCUCUCUGGGUGCGAGAUGCCCCUGCUGAGGAACGCCGCCGAGAGGAUGAACAAGAGGCCCCGGGCCAUCGCAAAGACAUAUACCGAGAACAUUGGCAAGUUCGCGGGAAAGAACAGCGGCAAACCCCGCGUCCUCGUGGUGGGCAUGGGAUUCAAGCCCGGCCAGAGCGUUCUCAGCUACAGUCCUGGUCUAGAACUCGCCAGGGGGCUGGUCGAGGACAGUGAUGAGCUCGAUGUCAUGUUUGCUGACCCACUUGUCUCACAGAGUGCGCUUCCUCAGAUUCAGAAGCUUGAUGAUAGAUCAUGGAACGUUGAGACUUUGAACGAGUUUGAUCUUGUCAUUGUUGUCAUGAGGCAGCACGGGGUCGACUUUGACAUUUUGAGUCAAGCGAAAGAUGUCCGCGUUAAAUGGUGGUGCUCUUAA